UACCAAAACCUAAAACCCAAAACCCACAUCACAACAUAAGCAGCAAAAAAAACAUAAGCAGCAAAAAACUCCGUUGACUGUCACAAAACCAAGGUUGUUCCAAUGGCAACCUUCGACUCCUUCAGAGACAUGUACGACAUUGCACUCAAACCUCGUCUCCUCAACACUCUCAUCAGAGACAAUCUCCCUACAGUGGACCACCCCUUUUCCAACCCUUCCCAACUCUCCAACGUUGUCUCUUUGAUCAAAACACACUCUCUCUUAUCCGAGGAUGUCACAGAAUCUAUGGACCCUAAACAAAUUAAAGCUUGGAAAUCAUCUGUUGCUUCGUGGGUCGACCGUGUUUUGCUUCUUAUUUCUAGUCGUGAGCCUGAUAAACGUUGGGCAGGAAUAUCCUUGCUAGGGGUUACUUGUGAAGAGUGCAGUUCUGAUCGUUUCCAAGAAUCUUACACCGUGUGGUUCCAGAAGUUGCUGACUUCUCUACAGUCACCGGAAGAUUCUCAUUUUGUGAGGGUGGCUACUUGUGCUUCCAUAUCUGAUCUACUUGCAAGGUUAAGUGGAUUUCCAAAAUUCAAGAAAGAUGGGUCUGCCUCUGCUGUGAAAGUUGUUCAGCCUGUUCUAAAGAUGUUACAUGAUGACAAUUCAGAGGCAGUAUGGGAAGCUGCAGUUCAUGUGAUAUAUACCUUGAUAACUUCAUUCCCAUUUUCUAUUCAGCGUCAUUAUGAUAGUGUUGAAUCUGCCAUUGCUGCUAAACUUGUGUCUGGAGGAUGCAGUCAUGAUAUGAUGAAGAAACUUGUACAUUGCCUUGCAUUACUUCCAAAAUCAAAAGGAGAUGAAGAAAGCUGGUCUGUGAUGAUGCAGAAAAUUUUGAUUUCAAUAAACGAACAUUUAACUUUGACAUUUGAAGGUGUAGAAGAAGAAUUCAUUCUAAAGGAGUUCAAUGGAUUGUUGAUUCUUCCUGGGAAACAACCUCCACCACCUUUAGGAGGCAAUGUAUCAAAUGAAGAAGCUAGUAGCAACACAACAAAGAGGUCCAAACAAUCGCGAAUAUAUAAUGUCCCUAUACUUAUGUCUGGUUGUUGUAUGCUGCUCACAAAUACAUAUCCAGUUAAGGUUAAUGUACCUGUUCGCCUAUUAUUGGUCCUUGUUGAGAGAAUUCUGACGGUAAAUGGCGCUUUGCCAGCAAUGUCAUUGCCAUUCAUGACCGCCAGACAGCAAGAGAGAAUUUGUUCCGAACUUCCAGCUUUGCAUAUGUGUAGCCUGGAAUUGCUUACAGCUAUUAUAAAGGCAACAGGAAGUCAACUAUUACCCCAUGCUGCCUCUAUUGUACGUUUCAUUACAAAGUACUUCAAGGCGUGUGCGCUGCCAGAUUUAAGGAUUAAAGUCUAUUCAAUUGCAAAGACUCUGCUCAUAUCCAUGGGUGUUGGAAUGGCUUUAUGCCUGUCGAAGGAAGUUGUCAAUAAUGCUAUUGCUGAUUUGAGUACCGUAGAGAAGAAGAAUGGAGGCAUGUUGAAUGGUUCUAAUACAGAAGUCUCCACGAUAGCGCCACUACCAGCAAGUAAUAGAAAAAGAAAGCACAGCAGUACAAAUGGUUCUGUUCAGGAAUAUGACGCUGGUGGUGGUUUGGGAGUAGAAGUUCCAAAUAAAUGUCCCGUGACUCCAAUUUCUCUGAGGGUAGCUGCACUUGAGGCAUUAGAGGCUCUUAUUACUGUGGCUGGUGCUUUAAAAUCAGAACAGUGGAGAUCCAAAGUUGAUAGUCUUUUGAUAGUCAUAGCAAUGGAUUCUUUCAAAGAAGGUUCAUCUCGUGAAGAAAUAAAUGUGUUUCAGAAAAAGGAUCAUGCUGCAACUGCCACAGAUUUGCAAUUUGCUGCAUUGCGUGCUCUUUUGGCCUCUUUUCUAUCUGUGUCCCGGCCCCCAUAUUUAUCACAGGGCCUUGAACUUUUCCAAAGAGGAAAGCAACAAACUGGAACAAAGCUCGCCGAGUUCUGUGCUCAUGCCAUGUUAACCUUGGAAGUGCUUAUACAUCCUAGGGCACUUCCGCUGGUUGAUUAUGUCCCUCCAAACAACGAUAAUUUUGGUGAAGCUCAGUUCAGUUUCGGACAUGAAUAUGCUAGCCGGAAUCAUACUACAUUUGGUUUGCCUCAAACAGAACCUCCUGAAUCUGUUAAUAAUCUGUUUGCUGACUAUUUGGCAAAUGGUGAUGAUGAGAUGGGUGGGUUAUGGACUGAAAAUACAAAAAAAACUAAAGUGUCUUCUGAAAUGGCGACAUCCCUGCCUUCUAGCGCCAACAUCCAAGAGAGGAGUGAGAUGGUACCUGAGAUAGCGACACGUGCAGAUGUUGAGAUGAGAACCGUCGAGAAUGAAACCACAAUGAAGUCAGAUCAUCCUGGAGAAUCUGUCGUGCAAUUUCAAGAACCUGUCCAUUGCACGACAAGUAUUCCGGCUGCCAUUGACAUUCACAGCGAUGCGGCUACUGACAAAGAGCCGGAGAGGAUUGUUUCAGAAAGUGCAAUAGCUCAUAAUGAAGCCAAUCAUGUGGAAUCAGCUUCACAGAGCAAAAGUUCAGCACAGUCAUCAGAUACUAACAUGCUUCAGCAAGUUGAAUUCAAGCUAGAUUAUGGCAAUUCAGUGGAUGAUGAUGAUGACGAUCCUUUUCCUGACAUUGUGGAUGGAGACCCUAAUUCUGAUUCUGAAUAAGGGGAACAUUUGCAAUUUCUUCCAUUUAAAGAAGCACAAUUCAGGGUGGUAACAAAAUGUAUUCUUUCUCCUUUUAUAUGUUUUCCUUAGUAAUGUUCUGUGCAACUUUUUUGCCUGACCAAAAAUAUAUUUAGUUUCUUUUCUUGUUUUUGAUACAUUCCAUAAUGUUUCAUUCAUCAGCAUUGUUCAAAUUUAUGUAAAACUAGACAAGAGGAAAUUACACAUCAUUAAACUUAACUGUUAAGA